UAUGGAGGGGUCUUUGUAGGGAUUGUGCGAGCUUUUAAAAGGCGACGUCUCGCCCUUGCACAUCCGCCUUAUUAGGCUAAUCUUUUCUCGAAGCUGGACCUUUGCUUUUGCUCUUGAUCUUUCUUUCUUUCUUCAAGCUCCUUUGACGUGACCAGAACUCAUAAAAUCUUCAAAACAUCGUCAUGCCCAGCAUCGCUCGAUUCCGCACGCUAUGGGGCAUUUCCCCAGGCGACAACUUCGCCAACUGGAUCGCUUUGUUCCCCGAUCUCAAGGCCAAGGGCUACACCGGAGUCGAGAUCGACUACAGAGACAUCCCCGCCGAGCAACUACCCGAACUGAGACGCAUUCUCGACCAAUUCGAUUUCCAGCUUGUCGCACAAAUCAUGUCCUCAUGGCCCGGGUACGUGGGUCCCAGGCCACCCGGCCUGACGCCAAAAGAUCACCUCGAUCACUAUCGCAAGCAACUCAAGCGUGCCCAAGUUCUCAAGCCUGUGAAGGUCAACGCCCAGUCUGGAAGCGACAUCUGGACUCUAGACCAGUCCGUCGAGUUCUAUCAAGGCACAUUCAAGAUCGACGAGGAACUGGGGUUCGCGGGGCGAGUGACGCACGAGACACACCGAAACCGAUCCAUGUUCAACCCGUACGCGGCAAAGUACAUCCUAGAAAGAGUGCCAAAUCUUCGCAUAACCGCCGAUAUCUCGCACUGGGUCGUUGUGUCAGAGCGUCUGCUGGAUGAGUCCGUAGAAGACCAGGAGAUUCUCGAGAAGGUCAUUCCCCAUAUCUACCACGUCCACGCCCGCAUCGGCACAACGCAGGCCUCGCAGUGCGCCGACCCUUCAGAUCCCAUCUAUAGGCCCGAGAGGGAGUUCUUUGAGCGGUUCUGGACAAAAGUCAUUCAACACAGCGCGACUCGCGGCGCCGAUUACCAGAUUUCGUUUACGCCUGAAUACGGGUGAGUUGCACUUAGCUCCAUUUCCCUUCCCACAAUCAUGCGAGGUGACGGAAACUUUUCUUGCUGACAUUAAAUACCAA